CUUCUCUCUGUUCAUCUCCUCCACUCCUAUCCGUUCCAGCGAAGCCAAGAUUUCCUGCAGAUUUUUCCCAUGAAAUCAGGUGAAUUGGAGGCCUUGUUGUAGUUGCUGAGAUUUUUUUUUGUAGAUUUCUGCACGCAUUUUGCGGCGGGCAUGGCUACUGUGUGGAGCGGCUGUAGCACCAGCUUCAGCCAAGAACUGCCCCACUCGCGUGGAAGAAGAGGCUGCGAGGGGAGAGGAGUCCGUCCGUGGGGUGGAGGUGGAAGCCGCCAUGUGGAAGCUGUAGGAACCGUGGUUGUCGCCGCCAGAGCGCGCGUGUGCAGGGCGGCGGCUCCGUGCGUUCUUGAGCCCGACGUCACCGGCAACGGGGAGGUCGGAGUCGGGGUCCGGGGCACGGAUGGUGAACCGCCUGCCGCUGGCGGUGGCUCCGAUGGUCCCCGGAGGCACGGGCUGCGGCGGCGCCCUGUGAGGCCGGCCGCGGUGGAGAAGGCCCUCGUCGGCGCGAGAAGCGCGGCGCCGGCGUCAGGCGCGGGGAGCAGACCCGAGGUUGGCGGAUCGAGGCUGCAUUUCUUGGAGGAGAGGGAUGAGGAGAUGCUGUCCAGAAGGCUGAUAAAGCUCAGCCAAUCCAACAAGGUCAGGAGUGCCACCGAGCUGUUUGAUUCAAUGCGUGCAUCAGGCUUGCAGCCGAGCGCGCAUGGCUGCAACUCCCUUUUGGCUUGCUUUGUGCGAAAAGAUUAUUUCGCCGAUGCAAUGAAGGUAUUUGGGUUCAUGAAGGAGAAAGGGAUGGCAACCGGGCAUUCGUAUACCUUGAUACUCAAGGCCGUUGCAGGUAAUGAGGGCUACUUUGCCGCGCUGAAAAUGUUCAAUGAAAUCGAAGAGAGUGAUCGGAAUAAUGUCGACGUGAUCGUUUACAACACGAUGAUUUCUGUGUGUGGAAGAGCGAAGGACUGGAGGCAAGUGGAGAGACUUUGGAGAAGGCUAGGGGAGAAUUCUUUUAGUGGAACCUUGAUGACUUAUGAUUUGUUAGUUAGCACAUUUGUCCAGUGUGGGCAGUCUGAGUUAGCAAUCGAUGCUUAUCAGGAAAUGAUCGGAAGUGGGAUUGAUCCAAGUGAAGAUGUACUAAAGGCGAUCAUCGCAUCAUGUACCAAAGAAGGGAAAUGGGAGUUUGCGCUUACCACAUUUCGGAAAAUGUUGGGCGCCGGUAUGAAACCUAGUAUCAUCGUGUUCAAUUCAAUAAUCAACUCACUUGGUAAGGCUGGUCAAGAUGAACUUGCCUUUAGGAUGUAUCAUCUGUUAACAUCUUCAGGCCUUAAGCCUGAUCAAUAUACUUGGAGUGCUUUACUGUCAGCAUUAUAUAGGUCUGGUCGUUGUUGGGAUGCCCUAGAUCUUUUUCAAGGAAUUAAGACCAAGCAUUCUUCCCUCUUAAAUAACCAUCUGUACAACAUAGCUUUGAUGUCCUGUGAAAGACUUGGUCAGUGGGAACAUGCGUUGCAAUUGUUAUGGAUGAUGGAAAAAAGUGACCUGCAAAUAUCGGCAGUUUCUUACAAUCAUGUGAUAGGUGCUUGUGAAGUUGCUAGGCAGCCAAAAAUUGCUCUGCAAGUGUACCAGCGCAUGACUCAUCAAGGGUGUUCACCAGACACAUUCACACAUUUAUCUGUUAUAAGAGCUUGCAUAUGGGGAUCUCUUUGGAAUGAAGUCGAGGAUAUCUUGGAGGAGGUCGCUCCAGACUCCUCGGUCUACAACACAGUAAUCCACGGGCUUUGUUUGCGAGACAAGAUCAGAUUAGCCAGGAAGGUGUACAUGAAAAUGCGGAGCAUUGGGCUGAAACCAGAUGGCAAGACCAGAUCGUUCAUGCUGCAGCAUUUUGCAACGGACUAAUAACGUCCCUGGAAAAUCAUCACACGGUGACACAGUACCUCAGUAGCUGUACAGAUCCAAACGAGGCAUUCACACGGUACUAUUUGUAACCUGCUUAAGCAAGCAGUCACCUUGCCGCUGUCUUGGGCAAGCAGAGUGGAGGCUCAGAGCAUAUCCAAGAGACUACGUAUCUCACUUGUCAUACUAAAUUUUAGUAAUUUUAUACAAAAAUUAUCCUCCAAGAAACUACAUAUUUGGCUUGCCAUACCAUUUGAAUGGUUAAAUAUGGUUUUUCAAUGGUCAAAUCUAUCAAAUUAUUAUCCCUCUAGCAAGAUUGCUAUCCAUGGAGGCUGGGCCGGCCUACGUUGAGUGGC